CAGGGUCGUACCAUCAUUACAGCGGGUUGGAAACCAAGUUUGCUUGCUAUUGCUAAAAUAUGAGUACAUGAAUGUCUAUCUGCCGGCUCUUAACUGCACUAUUUGGACAGUGAACGAGCUAUUUCCGUCUGACUUGUGAGCUAGCUAAGCUUGCAAAGUUUCCAGGCGGUAAAGCCAAUAAGACUUUAAUUUUUCGGGUGAUUCGGUGUGCUAGCUCCUGAGGACAAAGUUGACGCGAGCUGCUCGGUUAGCGCUGUUUUUUACUUCAGCGUUCACCGAGCUGACCGGCGUUUUCUCUGCCGGUUAUCUGCUCACCAAGAUGUGUGGGAUCAGGUCGGGAUAAACGGAAGAUGGCGAGCGGAGUUGACCAACGCAAACUGCUCGUCAUUGGACCGACAGAGCCGUGGUCAGUGAGAGAGAAGCUGUGUUUGGCCGCUUCUGUCAUGAAGUGUGGAGAUCAGAACUGGGUUUCUGUCAGUCGAGCCAUCAAAUCAUUUGCAGAGUCUGGGCGACCACCUGACUGGUUCUCUCAAAAGCAUUGUGCCUCUCAGUAUUCCGAACUGCUGGAAACAACAGAAGCCCCAAAACGGAAGCGUGGCGAGAAAGGUGACGUGUUGGAGACGAUGAAGGAUAUGAUUGUGCGCAAACUCACUGCAGAGAGGAUUGAAGAGCUCAAAAAGUUGAUCAAAGAAACACAGGAAAAACACAGAAAGCUGAAAAGAGAGGCUCAGCUGAUCCAAGCAGGUCAUCUAGAUCCUAAACUGGAAGAAAUAUGGCAAGAAAUUGUACAGAAGAAGAAACUGAUGGAGGAGGAAGCAGAGUUGAAAAGAAAGACCACAGAUGGUGCUUAUCAAGCCAGACAGGUGACAAAGAACACGCCAAAACGAGUGCCCAGUCUCACCAUACAUUCUCCUUCACACUGUACCUCCCCAAACCAGGAGUUCUCACCAGGGGACUCACUUGAGUGCUUGACACUGGAUUUUGCAUCCACAAAGAAUGUUUCUGCAUCAUGCAGAUCGCUGCCAUUGGCCAAGUCUUCUGGACCUGGCAAAGAUGAGGUAGGCGGCCAUGGUUCACUUUUGGAUGACUCCACACAAAAGAAAGCUCUUGGACAGAGAGCCACACCGCCACCAUCCCCACUGCUGUCAGAACUACUGAAGAAGGGCAGUCUAUUAACCGCAAAUGCCAAUCUGAUUGGGGAAAGCAGUGCAUCUUCUGGUCAUAUGACAAGUGCACAUGACUUUCAUCUGCCUGGACUACCUGCAUCUCAGACAACAGGUGCUCCGAUGUUGUCCCGUCUCCUGGAGGCAAGCUCCGCCCAGUUUCCUGCCCCAUUAGGUUUGAUGAGUAGUGCAGACUCUACCUCCAGUGCCCCUCCCUCCGCUGUUUCACCUGUUCCUGUGGGCUCUACUGCAUCAGCAAGUACAGGGGACGUCAUGGUGUCAUUUUUGCCUGCUGGAGACACCGCUGAGUCUGCAGUGGAAAAAGUAUUGGAGCUCAGUGACGAGGACGUGACUGUGGCCUACAUGGGAGAUGAACUGGACCUGAAAACAGUGGGGGACAUUAUUGCCAUAAUUGAAGACAAGGUGGAUGAGAGUGCAGAGGCUUUGGAUGCAGCUGCAGUUGAGGCUGCUCUGUCCCUGUGCGAGGAGAACGUCCACACACUGUCUGGUUCCUGGCAAGCUGGGCCAUUCCAGCCCAGUGAAUGUCACCCCUCAGUACCCACAGGAGACCCACAGUCCUUGUCUGGUCACAGCAUCCUAGUGGGAAAGACACAAGUGCAGGGCGGGACCUCAAGUCCACAUUCCUCUCUUUGCAACAGUCGAGAUAACUGUUGCUCAGCUUUUUCCCUGGAAAUACAGGCCCUGUCUCCCACCUCAUCAUCCUCGCUCAACGCGAUGAGUUUGGAGCAUUGCCAACCUGGAGCAGCUCCUCAACCUCUGGCAAAGAGAGAGAAUAAAAAAAGCAUGCACCAGGAAAGCCAGGCUUCAUGGGGUACCGCAAUAAAACGUGGUAAAACGUGUGAGAACUGUUCACAAAGAAAACCUGAUAACCUGCAUAAAGACUCAGUAUUAGAAGAUAGCCCAGUGACAGAAAGGCAUCCCAAGGUGGUGAAGGCAGAGCACAGGGAAAGUGCUCAGGGGGAGCAGAAUGAUUCAGAAACCAAAGUGGAGCCAGAGGUCGCCGUGCUGGAGGUGUACAGAAGAGAUGAGGACGGAGUAGGGGUGGAUGCAUUCCUCUCAGAGCCUGACGGGGAGGCGGAGCUUGAACCUGCCGCCAGCGAGAGUGAGGAUGGAUACAGCCUUCGCACGGCCUCCUCGUCUCUGCAGCUCCACACUACCACGGACUCCAUCCCGAGCAGCCCGGCCUCAUCACAGUUCUCUGUGUGCAGCGAGGACCAGGAAGCUCUGCAGGCUCACAAGAUCUGGAAGAAAGCCAUUAUGUUGGUGUGGCGUGCUGCAGCCAAUCACAGGUAUGCAAAUGUCUUCCUGCAGCCGGUGACAGAUGAAAUCGCUCCAGGGUACCACAGUAUCGUGCAAAGGCCCAUGGACCUGGCCACCAUCAAAAAGAAAAUAGAGACGGGUCUGAUUCGGACCACCGCUGAGUUCCAGAGGGACAUUAUGUUGAUGUUUCACAAUGCGGUCAUGUACAACAGCCUGGACCAUGACGUGUACCACAUGGCUCUGGAGAUGCAACGCGACGUCCUUGAGCUCCAGCAGUUUCUGGCGACGCAGCUCAUCAUGGAGACGUCUGAGUCUGGUAUCAGCACCAAGAGCCUGAGAGGACGCGAGAGCACGCGCAAACAGGACACCACUGAAAAGGACGCCGUGUCUAUGUCCUCACCUGCUUUUCUUCUUUCUCUUUUUGACAGAGGCACCAGGGGGCGCCGUUGUGCCAUUGAAGCUGACCUCAAGAUGAAGAAAUAAAAACAAGGUGGUACAAAAAACAAGAUCUUCCACACAUGGAAGCGAUCGAUAUUAAUACCACAACUGCUGAACUUUUGUCUCUUGCACAAAUUUGCGCUUCGUAUGCAGUGGGCAUAGUGCGCGGCGUGAUCCUUUACUUGCACUCUAGAUUAAAUGUAUAAUGUGGAGAAGCUCAUUUCUUCUCAGAUAGCCAUACCGGCGUGGAUUACACUUAAUCCCAGAUUACACCAAGGGUUUCAAACAGACUAGGUCAAGGCUUUCGUAGACGCAGACACAAGCUGUCAUUGAUUUUAAGUUAAAAUUAAAGCAGAAUACAAAUGCUGCUUUUGAAUUAAAAAAGUAAAUGAUAUGAAAUUGACAGUUACUCUGCUCUUUAAUCCCACAUCAGUACGGUUGGUUUUGUCUAAUCUGGACUCCAAA